CACCAGACUUUCUUAUCUCAUGCUCGGACAUCAACUCGAUUCCUCACCUCCUCCUCCUCCUUCGCUGCAUAAUCUCUACCGUUAAACCCAUGCCCACUUGAACACCAAGCGCACUUACGAAAAUUGGUGGUCCAACCCACCAAUCUCGCCAGCAAGGCUCUUGCUAGCUCACCUACCGACCGACUUUCCCAGGUUCUUGCUACAUUCAGACUAAUCGCAUUCACUCAGAUGGCGGCGGCGCAUCUACUCCAGCUAUGCUUGAGCGAGAAACAGCUCUCUGUGGGAUCCCUGGUGGGCAUCUCUUAUUCGGUGCCUACGCCUGUAGGUGCUAGUUUUACGGCCACGGCCGAUUCGUUGGUACCAAAGGUAAAUUGUUUCUGUUUGAAAAUUUGACGACGGAUGAGGCGGGGGAGAUUAAGCCGGGCAUUACUAUCGCGAGAUGUGCGAUGGCUCCUCAAUCAGUGGCGCAGUCACCCGAGCCGUCAUGAGUCCAUAUGCACGACAAGCGAACAUCAAUGGCUGCCAGUUGUAUUGUUCGAUCUUCAACGGCAUGUGUAAUGCGGUCAACUACAUUCCAGCAUCGAGUUCUUGCGUCUUUCUCUGGGCCACCGGCAAUGCUGUUGUCUCUGCUUCGGGCUAUCAGGCUCUCAGUUCUUACACCACCAAUCCAUGCAUCGAAAGGGUCACGUCCAUCGAGACCGACUAUUUGACUCAGUAUUCGACCAGCCAGGUCACCACCGUCUACACGGUCACUAUAUCAACCAGCGCAGCUGCACCUACGAUCAUUCCAUCCACUCCUUCUCCGGCUCCGGUGCCAUCGUCGGCCGUCAGCCCAAGUCCCAACACUGCAGCAACCUUGGCUCCCUCUAGUGCUGUGUCAGCCUCCACUGCAAUUUCUCUGUCUUCAAUUCUCAUUCCCUCUUCCAGUCCGCCGUCUCUCACUCGCUCCUCGGGGUCUAACCCACUUGUGUCUUCCACCCCGAGUAUGAAGAUCCCUCCCUCGUCCUCUGCUCAGCAGGCCAGCUCGUCUAGCCCUGUGACAUGUUCGGCCUCGAGCCUUGUCCCUCAACGCCCGUCAUCCGGCUUGUCGCGGCCUGGGCGGGUCUCUUCCUCGGUGGUGGCUUUCUCGCCUGCUCAGUCCCCAGCCAGCACUGUCUUUUCGGUUGAUUCUAUGAGCCCUGAUCGGCCCUCGCUUCCCCCAUCGGUUGGAUCGGGCUCAUCCAGCACCGUCGUCAUUUUCCCGCACAACCCGUCGACGGUGGUUCGAGGCCAACCAUCUUCCUCCAUUGCAGUCAUUGUCUCCUCUUCCGUGACCGGGAUGUUUCCUCCCCAUACAACCGAACCUCCGGUUCCCCUGGACAGCGACGAUGAUGUGGUAACUUCGACCAUCCGGAGCAUGGUCACUGUUACGGUCACGGCAUGUGACUGAGAGCAGCAUAAGGAUGUCAAUGUUAAGAUUCAUAUUUUCAGCUCUACAGUGACCCUCAACCGAGGCCUUCCCGAUAAUAUUUUAAUGUUCUAUAUGUGUUUGACAGGGAAUACCACCUGUCCCGAUGAGAGAUCACGUAAUCUGCCGCGUGCAUGCAUGCAUGUACUGUACAUACAUAAGAGG